GGCAACCCUGUUUGCAGGUGUGAUACGAAAAGAAACGGAAGCUAGUGUCGCAAAAUUUUUAUUUUCAGUAAGAGAAAACACAGAGGAUGAAAAUAUCAAUAGUGUUUAACGCAAUAUUGCUUCUUACCUGGCGCUUUCAAGCGAAAGCCGACUCUGCUCUUAAAACAGUUAGCGAUGAUGAUCUCGUGAAAUUGUUUCAUUCGCAUUCCAAUUUAGUUGUUUUAUUUUCGAAACCAAGUUGCGCCGAAUGUGAAAAAUUCGAGACUAUUCUUGUGAAUCUGAAGCAAGAGAUCAAGGACAAUCUGGAAGCUGAUGUUAUGAAAGUGAAAAGCAGUCAAAUGGUACGACUUUAUAGUCCUUCGAAAGAACCCGCUGUCGUGUUCUUUAGACAUGGUGUCCCUCUGCUAUAUGACGGACCUGUUAACGAAGACUCGCUUAUUGGCAAAUUUGUGCAGAACAAAGAUCCCAAUGUAAGGGAAUUGUCAGAUGAAAAUUUCGAACAUCUUACGCAAGCUUCUAGUGGAGCAACAACGGGUGACUGGUUGAUUAUGUUCUAUACAUCCAACUGUGUCGAUUGCAAACGGUUGACAGCUAUAUGGGAAGCUGUUGCUGCCGAUCUCAAAGCUAGGAUGAACGUUGCUCUCAUCGAAAAAGACGGAAAAGGAAGCGAAACGGCAGAAAGAUUCGGUAUCACAGAGGUGCCGACCGUUAUAUUUUUACGGCAAGGAAAAUUCUAUCGAUAUGAAGUAGGGAAAAUGGAUAUUAAAUCGCUUGUUUCCUUCGCUCAAGACUGGUACAAGAACACUACACCUCACAAGGUUCCUGUGCCACCAUCACCUUUCGAUACAUUUGUCGAUAAGACUGUGAACUACCUCCAACUCAUUCCUGAAUUGAUUGUUACGCUGCACAACGAAUACCCUGUGUUGUUUUACUCGGUCAUUGGUCUGUUCGGCUUCGUAACACUUGGAUUCGCAGCAGCAAUUCUUUUAGCAAUUAUUACACGCUGCAAAGCAGCCGCCAAAAGCAGAAAAGCGAAAACAAAAAAGGCUAAGUGAUAUAUUUUUUUAUUCUUCAAAUAUAAUUUAGAGUUAGCUCUAAUUUUCAUGUAAACUAAGAGUAAUAAAAAAGAGAAGUAAAAUCCA